UUUCAGGCCAAUUACUUUGAUAUACAAUCAGUUAAAGAAUCGAUAGCAGUAUGGCAAAGUCGAAGAAUCAUACAAGUCAUAAUCAAAAUAGAAAAGAUCACAGAAAUGGUAUUAAAAAGCCGAAAAAACACCGUUUCAUGUCCAUGAAGGGAGUUGACCAGAAGUUUCUGCGGAAUCUUCGAUUUGCCAAGAAGCACAACAAACAGCAUCACCAGCGGAGAGAAUCUAAAGCUUAAAAUAAAUUAAUUUUGUGAUUGCUUGAUUGUUUUUUGUUGUGUACUAGUAAACUGUUAAGCAUUGAUUGCAUGUUGCGUUUUAUGCAAGUGGUGCAUAAUUUUCUGCAAAUUUUACUUGUGGAACUGUUUAUUUCAUAAAAAGCUGUUUUUAUUACCUGAGUUAGUGGGGGUGUUGCAUU